GCUACAGAGAGAGAGCAAGUACAACCAAAGAAAUCUCCAAGAAUUUGUGGCUGACAUCAAACCUCUCCCAACCGUAUUACUCCAGGACCCCAUUCAAGUUAAUUAAUCUAACGCUUCCAAGUCCCGUCACAAGCCCUCUCCCCCAUCCCUCUCUCCCAGACGCUGGCCAUCCACCCACUCGAUCAUCAGAGAGAAUAGGCUCCAUAAAUGCAUACAAGUUACAAUUUAGAAGAAGCUCUUUCUUAGAUCCAAUUCCCAUGCGGUUUGGUAUAUAUCACGUCGACCCCCAUGAUAACUGACCUUGUCGUGCGUCGGCCAGCGAAAUAGCUAGAACUGGACCCUUAGCCUCUAUCUGUGCCUAGCUAGAUAUCCUUUAUUUAUUUAUUUAUUUUUUGUUUUCCUGCGUUUUUUUCUAUUGGGAUGCUUCCAGUCUCACCAUUGAGAAGCUCCAAUGAAGAGGAGAGAGAUGGGGAGGUUGGGGGAAUGGUGGGGGACUUCUCCGGUGACAUCGUGCUUGAGGAUAUCAACUUUGAUGACUUUUUCAUGGGGUUCGAUGAUGGAGAGAUAUUGCCGGUCCUCGAGGUGGAUCCUGCCGAGAUCUUUGUAGAGUUCUCGGAGGGUGGAGAGGAGGACUCGUCAGGGAUGGCAAUAUCGGUGGAGUCUACAGUGGAUUCAGAUGGUGGGGGUCAGCAGAAGGGAUCAUUGGAAGGGGAGAUGAAGGUAGAGAAGGAUAUAAGUCGACGUGAAGAGGUCAUCGCUGCGACGACGAAGGAGGACCCAGGGACCAUGACAGCGGAGAUCAGGUCACCAUCAUCGGAGGUCAAUCGAGGCGGCAAGUCAUCGGCAGUGGCAACGAAGAACUCGCAGGUGAAGCGGAAAGUUAAGGUGGAUUGGACGCCGGAGCUGCAUCGGAGAUUUGUUCAGGCGGUGGAGCAGCUUGGAGUUGAUAAAGCUGUGCCCUCUAGGAUUUUAGAGCUAAUGGGGAUCGACCGCCUCACUCGACACAACGUUGCCAGCCAUCUCCAGAAAUAUAGGUCACAUCGGAAGUAUUUGCUCGCAAGAGACGCAGAGGCUGCAAGCCGAAGCCAGAGACGGCGAAUGCAUGCGGCCAGCGGUGCCACUGCAAGGAGGGACAUGAACCCAUGGCUUGCCCCUAUCAUUGGCUUCCCUGCACCACUACCACUACCACCACCUCCUCCUCCCCCUCUUUUUCAGCCUUUUAGAACCUUACGUGUUUGGGGGCACCCAACUGUAGACCCACCAUUAGUGCCCAUGUGGCCGAGAAAUCUAACCUCAUGGUCUCACACUCCGCCCUGGGCUCCUCAGCCAUCUCAACCUCCACCACAAAAUCCUCCUUAUUGGCACCAUCAUUAUCAAAAAGGCUGUAGAGUACCAUAUGUCCUAACACAAGGAACUCCUUGCUUUCCUCAAGCAUUGCCAACGACUUUUCCAGCUCCACCAGUCCCGGGUGUUCUUCCCCAUCCCUUCUAUAGACCAGUAGUUCCUCCUCCCGCCUCCAAGCACUUGGGUUCGCAGCUUCCACUCGAUGUCUAUCCUCCAAACGAACAUGUAGAUGCAGCUGUUGGAGAUGUUUUAGCAAAGCGAUUGUUGCCGUUGCCUCUCGGGUUGAAGCCUCCCUCAUUGGAGAGCGUACUGGUAGAACUACAAGGGCGAGGUGUGUCAAUAAUACCAGCAACAUCUGGUUGAAAUCAUGUCUCCAAUACUUUGGUGGUUUUCAUAGUCAAUGCAUCGAAAAUUCAUUGACGUGUCUAUCUAUAAAUCGUGUUCCUGUAAAAACUCCUUUUAACCUUUUUUAUGAGUAGGCUCACUUCAUUCAUUAGCAUUUGUAUGAAG